UUAGUUGUGGCGUACGUGUCGUGAUUGUAGCGUCGUAGUUUUCAAAUUUUCAAAAUAGAUUAAUUAAUUAAUUCAAAUUAAGUGCUCAGGAGUGCAAUACGAACAUGAGAGGAUUAAAAAAUGUACAAUACACAGUACACACACAUCGGGCAGAACUUUUUCGAAAAUCUUUUGAACGCCUGGACAGGAUUGCGCAAGGUAAGGACAGCCGUCGUCCUCGUCCUCUGCCUCUACAUGCCGACGCCCCUGACCCAGGAUAUUUCAAGUUCUUUCCAGGUACCACAAACAACAGGGUAAAGUUCAGCAACUUGAACCGCCAAUUCUACACCCACUUCUGUCGUCUGCGAACAACCCAAAACGGUGCUGUCUGGCAGUCUCAGCACCUGUACAACUGCAUUCCGGAAGCCGUCAGGAAACUCCCAAUGCGAAGAUUCAAAGAGGUACUAAAGUCUUUUUUACUCAAAAAGGCUUUCUACUCCCUCGACGAAUUUACAACGAUCGGCAGUAAAGAACACUUUCAGCUCUGAAUUCACUCUUGCACACUUUUUAAUAUGUAUUGUGUUAUAUGUUGGCUCGAACUGUUUGUGGUAAUAUGUAUGUUUUUGUA